AUAUUGACCCAUUAAAUGGUUGGAGGUGUGGUUGGAAUAGGGAACCUUCCCAUUGCGACUUUGACAGGGUACAAUCCACCAUGACCACCCCCACACCCACCACCAUAAUCAUCAACAACAAUCCCACAUCUCCAAAACCCAGUUAUCAAAAACCAAAAUUUUGACAACAAAACCCAAAAUUAAGUUAUUCAAUAACACCCAUUCCAUUAAAAAUUUAGUCUUUCUUCACCAAAAAUCAAACAAAGAUUGAAACUUUAUUUGAUCUGUUGGUUUUGGAGAUGUAUUUGGGAUCUGGGACCUCAUUCAAUCUAUCUGAAUGGUUUAAAAAUUAGAUUUGAAGCUUGAUUUGGGAUUUUCUUUGAUUCUGUGAAAGUUAUUUUUGGUCAUUGGGAAUGUGGAGGGAUUCCGGAACUCCUGCUGAUUCUUUCUAUGAGGUCCGCCCUGAGUGUACUGAUGUUCCUAAAACUCGAUUCAAAAUCAAGGCUGGUAAAACAUUAAGUGUGAGGAAAUGGCAGGCUGCGUUUACUCAAGAAGGGUAUCUGGAUAUCGGCAAGACUUUAAGCCGGAUCCAACGUGGGGGAGUUCAUCCGUCGAUUAGAGGAGAAGUGUGGGAAUUCUUACUUGGGUGCUAUGAUCCGAAGAGCACAUUUGAUGAAAGAGAGCAGUUACGUCAACGUAGAAGAAUACAAUACCUAAGGUGGAAGGAAGAAUGUCUCCAAUUAUUUCCCGUUGUUGGAAGUGGUAGAUUUAUUACCGCCCCUGUAAUCACCGAAGAUGGUCAACCUAUUCAAGAUCCCCUAGUAAUUCUUGAAUCAAAUCCAGGCAAGGGACCUGUUUUCCCUUCUCAGGAAAAUAACACGGCUAUAUCAAAUACUGCUAAUAAUUUGGAACCCGUGAAGGACAAGAAAGUAAUUCAGUGGAUGCUUACCCUACAUCAAAUAGGUCUUGAUGUGGUUCGCACUGACAGGACAUUGGUCUUCUAUGAGAAGCAAGAUAAUCUAUCGAAACUUUGGGAUAUUCUUGCUGUUUACGCCUUCAUAGAUACAGAUGUCGGCUAUUGCCAAGGAAUGAGUGAUCUUUGUUCCCCGAUGAUUAUGCUUCUCAACGAUGAAGCUGAUGCAUUUUGGUGCUUUGAACGUCUGAUGCGCAGAUUGCGAGGAAAUUUCAGAUGCACCGAUAGUUCUGUUGGAGUGGAGACUCAACUUAGUAAUUUAGCUGCGAUUACACAAGUUAUUGACCCGAAACUUCAUCAGCAUUUGGAAACACUCGGUGGAGGUGACUAUUUGUUUGCGUUUCGGAUGCUUAUGGUUUUAUUUCGGCGAGAGUUCUCUUUCUGUGAUUCAUUAUAUCUUUGGGAGAUGAUGUGGGCUCUGGAAUACGAUCCGGACUUGUACUCUUUGUAUGAAGAACCCGAGGGAGUUAGCGAAAGAGUUGAAGGAUCUAGAGGGAAACCAAAGUCAGUACGUCAGUGUGGGAAAUUCGAGAGAGAAAAUAUGAAGAAUAAGGCAAAUAGUUCAGAAGCUCCGCUCCCUAUCUCGGUUUUCCUUGUUGCUAGUGUCUUGAAGGAUAAGAGCACGAAGCUACUGCAAGAAGCUCGGGGUCUUGACGAUGUUGUUAAGAUAUUGAAUGAUAUAACUGGAAAUUUAGACGCGAAAAAGGCAUGCACCGGUGCAAUGAAGCUUCACAAGAAAUAUCUAAAGAAGGCCAAGAAGACAUGACACUAGAAAUAUGAACAAAGGGCUAAGGUUACGAGUCAGAAACUGAAGAUUUCACACGAUUUGAUUUGAUUUUGAUUUGAUUUUGAUUUUGGUGGGAGUUUAGUAGAAAGAAGGGGUAUUUAUGGUCCCUAUUAUAGAAUCAAAAUUAAUCUUCCAUACAUAACAUUCUUUCAAUACGGCCUUGUACAAAUGCUAUUUGUAUUAUAUGUUGUCCUUCACUGUUGUUUGUUUGUAACCAUUUUCAUACAAAAUACCAACUAUAUAUACUAUUAUACUGUAUAAACAAAAUAAUAAUAAUAAAAAAAAUGAUGAAUGAUUACUUUUAAA